AUGGAUCUACGCUACUUUGCUAUAACAAACGAGAAACAUAUCGUUUGGCAUCGGUCGUUCUCAAAACGUAGCUUUGAAGACGUGGUACUUAAAUAUCUGUUAUGUAAUCCUCCAGAUCAAGAUAUAUACUAUAGCGAAGGGGAUUUCUCUCUUCACUGCCUGACCGUUUCAGGACUUUCCUUUAUCGCGGUAACCGAUCGAAAUGCUUCUCGACAAAAAUUUCGGAACUUGGUUGUAGAGGUUUCUCGCAAUUUUCUAAGCGAUGGUACAAGAUUCCAAAGGGCUAAAAGUGGUGGUAAAGAUUGUUUACAACAGUCUUAUAAUAUAACCUUGGAAGAUUUGAUGGAAUCACCCAACUCUUCUAAGGGAAAUGAUUCGUUGGACCAGUUACGUAAUAAUGUGAAUACUGUAACAGCUGUAAUGCAAGAGAAUACUAGACUAGCGCUUCAACGAGGUGAUCGGUUAAACAAUUUGGUCAGUAAAACAGAUGAACUUGCAGCCAGCUUUAUUUAUUCAAUUUGAACAAUAUCAGAUAAGGAAGUUGAAUAUUUUAUAGAUGUCAGACAAUCAAUCGUAUUUUCACAUGUAAAAUUGCCUUCAAAAGUUUUGCUAUCAUAAUUCAGGUUAUUAAGUUUAUUAAAAGUUAGUUCUAUAAAUUUCUGUAUUCUGUCAUUCUUAUUAAUCAUCGGUUGGCUUUUGGUUUUCGUGUAGUUUCAUCCUUUGAGUCGGAUAAGUGAACCUUGAAGCAUUCGUUGUUCUUCUAAACAACAUCAUCAACAUAAACUUCAGGUAGUUUAUGUCGGAAAUGUUGUCCAGGAGAACUACGAAAACUUCAUGGUACAGUCAUUUAAUUCAGAAAACGAAAUUUCACCUGAUCUACAAAUCUUCUCUCCCAUUUUUAUACGUCAAUUAUCCUUCUGUAAUCCAGCUAAUGAAUUUAUCUCAAUAUAUAUUCAAUGCUUGCACUUUUAUUUCAUUUUUGACUCAAGUUAACUAUUAUCUGUACAAAAAUGUAGGUUGUAACAUUUACUUCCUAACUUAAUGCUUGUAAAUGUAUAAACAAAAAAGCAAUACUUGCAGAUAUUAAUUUACUUUGUUUAUUGUUUUUCUCCUCGAUCGAUUACUUCCUCUCUCACACAUACACACUAUGUCUUUCUGCUAGUAUACAACCUUUUUCUCUUCGCAUUGUAAGUUGUUCUGUCAAGGCAACGCAUUUUGUUUUCCUUCGCAACCGAUUUCUUCUGAAAUUUACUACAGGGUCGUAUGUCACGGCUAUUGUUCUUUACAUUCAUUUAUAUGUAGAUUUCUCUUCUUUUGCUCAUAAUAAUAUAGAAAUUUGUUGUAUCUUGUGUAUUCUAGUUUUGCUUUUAUCGUUCUCCUUUGAGGGCAUAAUUUAUUUAAGGGAAAAUUAUUAUAGAUAAGGCAAUGUUCGCUUUUAUAUUGAAUACUAUGCUUUUUGUAUUAGAGCUGUUCAAUUAGUCGAGGAUUCGACAGUUCUGUGAAUUGUGAGGAAAAUAGUACUUGAACAUUGUGUUAGUGUAACUGCUUCAUAGAAAAAGGCGAACCGUAAUCCACUCUCAUUCCACAAAACACAACGUAACAGUCCAACUGGUCUUGAACUACUCUUCAGUUACCCACUAUUUCCAGACAACCUCAAUAGAAAAUUGACAUGUCUUACAACUAUUACCAAAGUUGAUAAGGCCAUGUUCAACUCGAAGAAAAGACUAAUGGUUUAUUUUUAUAUUUUCUUAUGUAUAAACUCACAAAAAUUAUUCAAAAUCGUUUUUCUUCAGGCUAAUCAAUUCCAAACAACUGCU